CUCUUCACAUAAUAGUGUUCUCAGUCCGUGUGUACUGUACACUCUUGUUCACCCCGCGGCCCCUCUCCUAAACUGGCGGACAGACGGUGCUGAGAGAAAAAAGGAAGCCAUGGAAGUACCUUGCAGAGACUUUCUAGCCGGUUAACCUUUUUCGUAUGUUUUUAGUUUUCGGCGAGCCCAUAAUAGUAUACUCUGAAACUUACCUCUUCUUUUGAGGUUGAGCACCAAGAUUACUCUUUUUCUAAAACACUCCAGUGUCAAGGCUCGCCAUUUUACUCCACAAUAGCCUUUUUGUCUUUCCACUGGAUCUCGCUUUUGUUAGGUGCUAAGAUGAACUCCUUUGAAAAUCAAAACAACACAUAUUUUGAGAAAGCUAUUCCGGGUUGCCUAGGAAGAGUGGUGAACUUGUUUGACCUAUCUACAGGAGUGCCAGGAGACAGGCUAUUCACAGAUACACCAAAUCACGAUGCAGUGUCUCCAUUGUCAAGGAAUCAAUCGUACUGUGGGGGAAGGAUAAGUCGUUUCUCUAAUCCAAAUGAGUACAAAGUGACAUUGUCAGAUCCAAGACAUAGUUCUUCUUACGGUAAAUCAAAUGGAGCACCAAUGAAGAUGCUCAUAGCCAAUGAAAUGUCCAAAGAGUCAGAUUCAUUCCCUAACUCCUCCAAUGUAGUUGCAAAACUGAUGGGACUCGAUACCUUGCCUCAAGAAUUUCCACUGCCCAGUCCACGAACAUGCCAUUCCCGAAGCCUUUCUGAAAGUUCUUUAACCACAUGGAAGCAAAAAAAUGGAUACAUUGUGCAGAAGGAAUACAAAGAUAUUUAUGAAAGCUGGCAGCAACAACCUCGAAGGGCGAGUUCUGGAAGAGAAAAACAGCUGCAUUCCACAAAUGAAAAGAAGAUGGCUCUUGUGCGACAAAAGUUCAUGGAGGCAAAACAAUUAGCAACUGAUGAAAAACUUCGCCAAUCCAAGCAGUUUCAAGAUGCAUUGGACAUUCUAAGUUCAAAUAGAGAAUUAUUUCUCAGAUUUUUGCAAGAACCGAAUUCGUUGCUUGCCGAGCACCUUUGUGAUCUACAGUCUCUUCCUCCUCCCGAUGAAACAAAACGCAUUACUGUUCUUAGACCUUCUAAGAUGGUUGACAGUAACAAAAUUGCAGGUAAAAACAAUUAUGCUAGCCUUUGUCCUCCUAGUAGUUGGAAAGCUGAUGAAAAUCAGCCAACUCGGAUAGUUGUACUAAAACCGAGCUCUGGUAAGCUUGAUUACAUUAAGGCAGAAGUGGUUUCUCCACCUUUCUAUUCUCCAGAAACACUGCAAAAUGAAGAAUAUGACAAUGGACACAGAAUAGAUGAUGAAGCCUUAGUACUAUCUUCUUCAUUUUCUAAUGGGUACAUUGGCGAUGAGAGUUCUUUCAAUAAGUCUGACAAUGAACACCAAAUUGGGGAUUCUGAAGUAAUGUCACCAAUUUAUAGACAUUCAUGGGACUAUAUAAAUAAGCUUGAUAGUCCGCAUUCUUGUUCCUCUUUCAGCCAUGUAUCUCACUCCCCUGAUUCAUCAGUUUGUAAGGAAGCCAAGAAGCGUUUGUCUGAAAGAUGGGCCACAGUGUCUUCUGGUGGAAAUUUUGGAGGUCAGAAGCUUGUUGUCCAGAGGAACUCUCGUACAUUGGGAGAGAUGCUUGCCAUUUCAAAUAUUAAGGAUUCUGUGGAAUCCCGGGAAGAGGGUUGUAGUAGUAUAGUACCAGAACCAAGAGGAUCAAGGUUGAAUGAAGAUGACAAAUUUGUUGAUUCUCCAAUGAAUCUUUUGAAAUCCAAAUCAGUUUCUGUAUCUUCUAAUGUUUUUGGUGAAAGGCUGAAUGUUGAAGUUUGCGAGGAGAUAGAGACGAAGAAUCUGACUCGAAAGUUAUCUUUCAAAGAGAAAGUUUCAAGUUUAUUUUUCUCAAGGCCUAAUAGAACUGAUAAAGAAAUUUGUAAUGCUUUCCAAGUGAAAGAUAGAACUCCAAAUGCUGGAAAUUCAUUCCAACACGAUCAGGUCAUUAAGACUCAAGAAAGCUUGUCAACUCAUCUACAUGGUUCAUUGAUCAAUGAUGUGUCUUCAGAUUCAUUGCGCACUAGGCAUAAAUGGGUUGUGACCAGAUCUGAGGAAACUCUUCGUAUGACAAAGCCUGUUCUUCCGAGAAAUACAAGUGACAACCAAGAACAGCCAAGUCCUAUCUCAGCUUUUGAAGCCUCAUUUGAACAUCACGAAACUACCAAUUUGGAUUCUUCUGCCAAUAUCAUGAGGGCAGAGGGGAAAGAAACAAGUCUGGACAAAUACAGGUUAAUAGAUAAAUCACCGCCCAUUGGAUCAAUUUCCCGGGUUCUGCUAUCAUGGAAAGACUCUCCCACAGAAACAACAGCUUCCCAUGAACUGGAAAACACAUUUCAUCAUAGUUCCGUGGAAGAUGAAGAAGAAUGGAUUUUCUUUGUCCAAACAUUACUAUCUCUAGCUGGGUUAAAUGAUGCAGUAGGACCCAGUUCAGUUUUUUCCAGAUGGCACUCAUCUGAAAGCCCUUUGGACCUCUCGUUAAGAGAGAAAUAUAUUAAUCUAAACGAGAAGGAACUAAUAAUGCAUGAGACGAACAGGAGGAAAAGAAGAUCAACUAGAAAGCUUGUGUUUGAUUGUGUUAAUGCAGCUUUAGUUGAGAUAACAUCAUCUUAUGGAUCACACAAUAGAAACACAGUUGAUUCAUCAGCCAGAUUGGAGGAUCUAGUGUGGGCCUUGAUUAAGAAAUGGCGCUCUAGUGAGGCAGGUUUUAUUUCUGUUGAAGAUGAGGAUGGUGAUAGCUUGGUGGUGGAGGGAAUGGUAAUGGAGGAGGUAGCCGGGAAGGAUUUUCUCGAGUUCAUUCGAAUUGAAAUUGAAAUUUUAGUGAAGGAAAUUGAAGUAAAUUUGGUCGAAGAGGUUGUGGAAGCCGUUGUUCAAGAAUUGACAGGGAUGUAAUGCUUCAUUUUUCCACUUAAUAACAUUCAUCAGCUGAUUUUUAACUAUUAUUAAGCUUGUGAAGAGCUAACUUGAUUGUUUAAAUCAUCCAAAUAGUUGCACUA